AUGAAAAGUUGUGUGCUAAGUAAAAGUAACAAUGGCAAAAGAUUGUAUAAAGAUAUGUUUUUCACAUAAUCUUUGAGGUCAACAAUCUAAUAUGAUCACCUUCCAUAAACUAGGAUUAUCGAUAUAAAGUAGCUUCGUUCUAAGAGUUAUACCACUGACAGCUAUUAGAUAAUCUCUUCCUUGCUGCUUGAAGAUUCACAGCCCAGUUCUUGCAUAAUAUGCCUUUAGAGCAAGGAAGUAGCUUAGUUCUUGAGUUGUUUAGACCUCAUUCUAUUAGAGGAGUGAUUCUAUGCUACACCUUAGAAACCCUGGGUUGUCUCCGGCUUUGAAAUCUCUCCUCAAAUAACUAUCCUGGUUCACCAAGCGCAAUAACCCUCUUUUUGAGAAUGAUGUAUCAAUAACGAAACUGGACUUGAUCAAUUGCAGUCAUUCCUUGUCCUAGGCGACAUAUGAUAUCACAGGAUUCUUGAACCUCCUAUAACCUGCCAUAUAAUGUCUUCUGUUUUAUGUUGCAAAAUUAUUUUCUCAGGUAUCUGAGCCCUCCUUCUGGCUCUUUCAUACUACAACAAUUAAGAGAAACAAAUCUCAUAUUCAUAUAUCUCUGUACGGGAUUAAUGAGGCUCACUCUCAGUUUUUACCAGUGUCACUUUCUAUCUUGACCACUGUGCAAGCCACUGAGACUUCCCCCAUUUAUUCAGCUACGUAACUUUGGAAGCCACUGAGAUCCUUUCCAUGCCCUCGUAAUGAUAAGUAUCACUGGGAUUUAUAACAUGCAAUAUGCUCUUAUCACUGUAACUCUACUUUCCUUGCUGAUCGCUCCCCCUCACACUUCAAUCCCUCUUCCUCAUGCAUCACGAUUAUAGGUGACUCUGUACACAAAUUUCAUUUAAAUAUUGUAUUGAUUGAUAAAUCAAUUAGCUUGUACUCUAUCAACGUCUAUGCAAUUAGGUUUUCUCUGUAUUAUUGUCAUACUUGCCAAUGUGCUUCUGGAGUGUUUGGUUUUCUGA